UCUUACUUGAGUACAAAUUUUGGGCUCUCUGCCCUCCUCUGCACAGAACUACAAAGACCAAGCAAAACAUGUGGAAGAAGGUGUUCUGGUCUAGUCCAAGCCUCAACGUUUUAGUCUACAUGCAAAACACUGCGUGGUGUGAAAACCAAAGUGUAGCUGCGAAGACCUAUGAAGCUAAAAGCAGAGUAUUUUUAGGAGAAAACCUGCUUAAGGCUGCAAAAAAAAACCCCAUAAAACUGGGUCUAAGGUUCACCUUUCAGCAGAACAACACUAAACAUACAGCCAUAGGUACGAAGGAAUGGUUUAGGUCAAAGUGUUCUCAUGUUAGAACGGCCUAGUCAAAGUUCAGAGCUAACAAGAUUCUAUAAAUUUCACCAUUUAUGUUUACAGAUGCGCUCCAUCUAAUUUGGCUGAGCUUUGUCUAUUUUGCAAACUUCAAUAGGAAAAAGAAAAUAAUAAUAAUAAUAAUAAUAAUAAUAAUAAUAACUGUAACAACGUUUUAAAGAGCCAUGCGGGAUUUAAUUUAUUUUUCAUGAUUUUAUUUUUAGCUUGUGUUUGUCACAUGACACUAUAUAGAUAUAAAUUCUUUUGCAAGGCACUGUAAACCAGAGGACUUUGAAGCAAGACACUGUAAAGAAACCGCAAAAUAAUUAGGAAAAUUGUAAUCAGUAAACCCCCCCUCCCUAAAAAAACUAAAACAAAAAAACAAAGCAUCCUGGUGCAUUCACUAAAAUGAGACAGAAGGAGAGGGACAGCAGCAGCAGCAGCUUCAGCAGCAGCACCAAGUGUCACCCGGUCCUCCAACACGGGGAGGGCUCUGGAGUUUAAAACGGUGUGAAUAUGAUAGCCCAUCUGGAGCCUCUGGUCCUGCUUAUGCAAGUGGAGAUCUCCGUGCACGAUUCAAAGUUGUCAGUUCGGAGGCACUAAUCUGACAAGAGGUCGGUGUAAAUAAACAACAGACAACGACUUUUGGAUAUCCUCAAGUAAGUCGAUUGGAGAGGAAAGUAAAAAAAGAAAAAUGAGAGUUUGAUUUUAUCUUGGAGUGGAGGCCCCGCAUGAGAGAUAAGGUUUUGGAGGACAAAAAAAAUAUCAGGCACCAGGGAGGUGAGUGGCGGAUUUACCCUCAGAGGGGGUAAAAAACCCCCCAACAACAACAAAACAUGACUGUGGUGUCCCAGGACAAUAAAGAAGAGGCUGUGACGGUCACUCCUUUGUUACAAGAUGCUGCUGACUUGGAACCGGCGGACCAGGAGUGCAGCGAGAGGGUGGUCAUCAACGUAUCGGGCCUGCGCUUCGAGACGCAGCUGAAAACCCUGUCGCGCUUUCCGGGGACGCUCCUGGGGGAUCCGCGUAAAAGGACGCGCUUCUUCGACCCGCUGAGGAACGAGUACUUCUUCGACAGGAACAGACCGAGCUUUGACGCCAUUCUCUAUUAUUACCAAUCGGGAGGACGGCUCAGGAGGCCCGUGGGUGUACCUGUGGACAUUUUCCUGGAGGAAUUAAAGUUUUAUGAACUCGGGGAGGAAGCCAUAGAGCUGUACAAAGACGACGAGGGCUUGCCGAGAGAGGAGGAGCGGCCGCUGCCGACCAACGAGUUCCAGCGGCAGCUCUGGCUCCUGUUCGAGUACCCGGAGAGCUCGGGACCUGCGCGGUCCAUCGCCAUCGUGUCCGUUAUGGUUAUUUUGAUAUCCAUCAUCAUAUUCUGCUUGGAGACUUUACCGGAGUUUAGAGAGGUGCCCCCAGAGCCAGAGCUGCACGCCAACGGAAGCGCAGAAAGCAAAGCGCUCAGUCCCUUCACGGAUCCCUUCUUCAUGGUGGAGACGCUUUGCAUCGUGUGGUUCUCCUUUGAGUUCACCAUGAGGUUCCUGUCCUGUCCCAGCAAAGCGGCCUUCUUCAAGAACAUCAUGAACCUGAUCGACGUGGUGGCCAUCGCGCCCUACUUCAUCACCCUGGGCCUGGAUCUGGCAGAGCAUGAGGGCAGCAGUCAGCAGGCGGCCUCCCUGGCCAUCCUGAGGGUCAUCAGGCUGGUGCGCGUCUUCCGGAUCUUCAAGCUCUCCAGACACUCCAAAGGCCUGCAGAUUCUGGGCCAGACUCUCCACGCCAGCCUCAGGGAGCUGGGGCUGCUCAUAUUCUUCCUGCUCAUUGGAAUUAUCUUGUUCUCCAGCUCGGUGUAUUUCGCCGAAGUGGAGGAUCCCGAGUCGACGUUUUCGAGCAUACCCGACGCGUUCUGGUGGGCCGUCGUGACGAUGACCACGGUGGGCUACGGAGACAUGUAUCCCUCCACCAUCGGGGGGAAAUUCGUUGGUUCCCUGUGCGCAAUCGCCGGAGUGCUGACCAUAGCUCUACCUGUUCCCGUCAUCGUGUCGAAUUUCAAUUAUUUCUACCACAGAGAGAACGAAGAGGAGGAAAAUGUGCAGUACAUCCACGUGACCUGCGGGCAGCCGGAGCAACAGAGCUCCUUUGGGGAGACGGAUUCCACAAAAAGUAACCAGUCCCUCUCCAAAACCGAGUCCUAUCAGGGGAGCGACGACCUUGAGGUCCUGACUCAUCCAAACGCGACUCAGCCGGAGGCUUACACAGGAAAGCUGACGGAUGUGUAAACAAGACAAGUUUUUGUUUCUGGAGACAGAAGACUACAUGAAGCUUUUUCCCCCUUCAGUCACAAGACUUACGUCUGGCAUUCUCUUUGAAAUUUCAUGGAUUUUAUUUUUUAAUUUGAACUUUUGUGCACUGCAGAGACUUUAAAGUGGACGAUCCUGGGAAAGAAAAGCUCCUGUCAGUUGUCAUAAACAUCAUGUGCAUUAUUUGUGUAAAGUAACACUAUUUUGUUUUGGCAUUGUAAAUUAAUUUAUAUGAAAAUUCUAAUGUAUAUACAUUCUAAUUUUGUAAUAUUCAAAUGUCACUUUCUUAUGCUUGCAAUGCAACGUGUACCUUGAUUUUUUUUAUUUCUUUUUUUUUUUUUGUAGGUUUUUGUUGUUGUUUUGCAACCAGCUUUAAACAAAAAACUCCUGGAGCCGUAUUGUGCCAACAUGCAUGGCAUGCAUUCACUGUAACUUUUUAAAUGUAAUAAAAGACAUAUAUUUUUCUAAUUUA